AUGACGACCAACAUAAACUCUUAUUCUUCUCAAAUGAAACACAUCGCGUUCUCGAAACCUCGCGUGGACGACGAUUCACGCGUGGAAGCGUUGGACGAGUUAACGCUGCUGUUUGAGGAAGAAAACAAAGAAGAAGAGAUGAUGAUGUCAGAGGCGUUGACAUCGGAGGUGUUGGAUGCGUCGAAUUCAACGUUGAUUCGCGCGAAGUGUUUCGCACUUUUGCAAAGGAUGAACGAGAGAAGUGAUACGAAUAAAAGCGAGAAUAACGAGAAGAAGAAGAACAGCAUCAUCAUCAUCUACGAGCAAAUGUGCGUGCACCCAAUACGAGAGUGGAUGAGGAUUCUUCUUGACGACGAGAGUACUACGAGUAAUUUCAGUAAAGAACAACUGUUAAAACGAGUCCUUUUCGCGCUCGACGCGUGCGGGAAAAUCAACGUCUUCUUUGAAGAAGAAGAAGAGGAUUUAGAGGAGGAAAAGGAAGAGGAAGAAGGAGUGUUGUUUGGAAAAUUGACCAAUGAAGUGGUUAAGUUUUGCAUCGGGAAGUUAUACAUCGUCGAAGAUUCAGGAGGCCCCGGCGCGACGAACGACGCGAAGACGACGAAAGAUAUGAACAGAGAGUUGUACACCGCUUCGGUCGCCUGUCUCUCCUCGCUGGCGAAGAAGAAGAAACAGAAAAAGAAGAAAAACAAUACUACUACUACUAAUAAUAUUACCAAGAAUGAGGCGAAGAAGAAGAACGGUGUAGAAAACGGCGACGAUGUAUUAGACGAUUUAGACGACGGGACUUCCUUUUUUACGAUUGAAGAUAUUCAGAGUUUGUUGAGGUACGUGGAAAAAGGGACGUCGGUUGGGGACAGUCAAGGGACGUUGGCGUGCGGCGGGAGUUUGAGAGUGUUGACGUUUUUAAUGCCGAAGUUGUUGGAGCAAAAGAGACGGAAGUAUGGAUUAUUAGUGGGUGGUGGUAGUGGAGGCGGCGUAGGGGUUGGCGCUGAAAAGGCGGACGGUAACGCAGGGGGGGACAACAACGAUAUCGUCGUCGCGAAUUUCUUAGGCCAAGGACGACGAACUGGAGUCGAAGAGAUGGAACUGAAGAUGUACUCGAAAACGAUCAUCGGAGAGGAAGGUAAUAAUGAUAAUAGCAUUUAUAGUAGCAAAAAAGUAGACGUCUUUGAUCGCGUGGAUUUCAACGCCGUGACCGCCUUGGUGGGCAAGAAAACGUUACAAAGCGGCCAUCACGUUCCGGCGUGGAUUAAAUCCGCCGGGUGUGAAUACUUAGCACACUGCGCGCGGAAAAAGGAAGACUUCGUCUUAUUAGCGAAAGCGUGCACAGACAAACGCCACUGGUCGGUACGCUUAGCCGCUCUGAAAGCGUUCGCGAAACUCGGGUUUCAUUCGAGGCCGUAUUACACGCAGUUGAUUUUGUUCAACGCGCACGACGAAAUUUGCGAAAUACGCGAGCAGCUCUGCGAAACGUUGAAGAAAUCGUGGCAAGGGAAGCAGUGCGAGCCGAAAACAGACGGGUCGGACGAUUUGAAGUUGUUUCAAACCGCCGAGUGCGUGGGCGAGUUGAUGCGCGAUCCGGACGCCGGCGUGAGGGCGAAAGCGAUCGAGUGUUUAGGGUACGUGAGAGGUGCCGCGAAUACGCGAAGAACCGAGAUGGCGAGGAUGUUACACGGCGAUUCAGACGAAACCGUUCGCGAAAUGGCGGCGGAUUCCUUGGCACGGUUAGGAUUUCUGAACGUGAAUACCGGGGAGAUCUCCGCAGACGGUAAUUAUCGAACGACGAAGUUUCUCUCGAAUAAGCGGUUGUUUUUACAACUCAUCGCCGCGGAACAGGCGACGAUUAUUCAAGAGAUGGGAGGCAUCGUUGGACACGUAGCGAUAGUAAGUGGUGGCGGCGGUGGCGGUGGUGGCGGCGGAGGAGCGAACGACGACGACACGACCGCGAACGGCGCGUUCAAGAAACUGACCAACGCGGCAACCGGCGUAAACGCAUCCGCUAAAAUUCUCACCGACAAAUCGCAAAUCAUCAAACUUGAAAAGAUGAAAAACAUCAAGGUAAAAGAAGGCGACACCAUUCGAGUGUUUUGGCCAGACGAUAAGGAGUGGUACGAAGCUAAGGUCGUUCAAGCCGAAGAUUAUAAGAAGAGCGGUAAAAAAACAACGAAAAUUUGUUACUCCGAAGACGGCGUCGAGGAAGAGAUUGACAUUCGGAACGAAAGAGUCGAGUUGAGAUAUAAACCGCACAAGAAAGGGUGCAGAACGCAGUGGGUGCCGUGCGGGAAUCAAGAAUCAGAGAGAAUUAAAGAGGAGAGGAGGAAACAGUUUGCGAUGCAAAAAGCUUUGAGAGAGGCGGAGAGGUUGGCGGAGAUGGAGAUUCGACGAGAGCAAAGGGAGAUGGAGAAGAAGGAGAAAGAGAAGGAGAAAGAGAAGGAGAAAGAAGAGAUGCAGAAGUUGGAGGCUUUGCGUAACGUGGAAACAAAGAAGCUUGAUAACGAAGCCCGGAAAACGACGACGACGAUUCAGACGACGGGAGGAUCGAGGAAUGGCUUUUGGAAAACAAUCGCGUUUAGCGGCGGCGCCGAUUCAAAGAAGGAAGAAGUAGUCGCGACCGAUACCGCGGAUGGAGAAGCGGACGCUGAAAAAUGUACAGAGCACCCUGAAGCUUCUGUUGAAGAAGAGAAGAGAGUAACCUUGAAUGACGCCGAUAUCAAACUCCUCCGCGGGUUAGUCAAUCAAAAGAUUAAAAUCUACUGGCCUUUGGAUAAAGUCUGGUACGUCGCGGACGUUUUAAGCUUUGACGAGGAAACGAAGAAAGUGAAAGUUUUAUACGUGGAAGAUCAACUUGAAGAAGAAGUCGAGUUAUGGACGGAACGGAGUCAACAGUACGUGCCGCCGACGGAUAUGUCCCACAAGGAUUUACACGGCAUCACGCCGUUGCGCGUGCCGGUGGAGGUUGGCGGCGUCGAAGGGUAUUUGGAAAUCGGCGCGAGAAGGCACGAAGAGUACAUCGUCUUCAAACCACCGACGACGUCAGGUAAGAAACGGAAGAGAUUAGAUACUGAUACCAAGAAAACGAAAUGGCACGCGAUGAAAGGCUCGGAUUUUGAAAGAAAAUUCAACAAGCUUUUAUCGGCCAACGCGCAGCGUCGAUGGCGUAAAAACGUCGCGUACAAUCCUCGAGGAUGGCAAGACUGCAAAGAAUCGAAUCUUUCCUCUACAAAACUCAAACGCAAAUACGGAAACGAGAAGAUGCCGCUGUUGAAAUGGUUGAUUACUCAAGGAGACCAGUGGGGCGGCGUCGUUAUCGGUAAAACUUUAGAGUUGGAUUUGAAUUGCCAUCGAGGAAGUCAGUUUGUGUUCAAAAACGGAUACGCGGUCUUUGAAGAAGAAGAAGCAGAAGAAGAAGAAGAAGAAGAAGAAGGAGCUUUAAAAGAAGCAACAAAAUCGACGGAUUGGCUGCUUUGUAAAAUCACCGAUUACAACGUCCAAUCGGGCGAACAUUUGGUGUGCCCGAUUGACGAAAACGGGAUCAUCGCCGGAGACGCCGUCUGGAUGGUCUUGGCGUCGCAACGCACGAAACCAACAAAAAAUGAAGACCAAGAAGAAAAAGAAGAACAACAUCAUCAUCAUCCGGAGAAUGUCGAAAUCGUCGCAAGACCGAAUAAUGACGACAACAACACCACCACCAACUCGAUGAAAAUGUUGGACGACGAUGAAACCGCUUUUUAA